AUGUUGAAGAAACGUACUUUGAGAGUAAGGAGCGCUCUGGUGAGAGAGUGCAUGGCUGAGUUCUUGGGAACUUUCAUCCUACUGCUGUUUGGCUGCUCUGCUGCUGCUCAGGUGAAGACAAGCAGAGACACUAAAGGUCAGUUCCUGUCAGUCAACAUGGCUUUCUCUGUGGGUGUGAUGUCAGCUAUGUACCUCACCAAGGGCAUCUCAGGUGCUCAUCUGAACCCAGCAGUGACUGUGAGUUUCUGUGUGCUGGGUCGGGUGCCCUGGGGACGCCUGGUGCCCUACAGCCUGUCACAGCUGCUUGGGGCUUACGUUGCAUCAGGGCUUGUCUACUUGGUGUACUAUGAUGCUAUAAUGGAUUUUAGUGGAGGAGUACUGACUGUCUAUGGUCAAAAUGAAACAGCAUCCAUAUUUGCCACAUAUCCCUCUGAGUUCAUAACUUUGGGCAGGAGUUUCCUUGACCAGGUAGUGGGCACAGGCAUGCUCAUGUUGUGCAUCCUCUGUUUGGAUGAAAAGAGGAACACACCCGCUCCCACAGAGCUGAUUCCUCCUAUCGUGGCGGUGAUUGUUUUGGGGAUCUCCAUGUCAAUGUCAGGUAACUGUGGUGCUGCGAUAAAUCCAGCACGAGACCUGGGACCACGCCUCUUUACACUGACUGCAGGCUGGGGGACCGAGGUCUUCAAGUGUUACAACUACUGGUUCUGGGUACCACUGGUGGCCCCACCUAUUGGAGGUGUAAUAGGAUCAUUAAUGUAUUUAGUCUUCAUUGACUGGCAUCUGCCUGACCCAGACCUUCCUGAGAGUCUCUCCACUCUCUCCACCAUCAGUGACAAAAUCAAGCAGCCCAGCACGACAUGGGACAGCAGAGAGGAGUUAAAGGCUGCACAUUUAUAA